UAGGAAAAGGGGCGGACAGAGAACACGUGACAUGUCUGGCCGAUUUAACAAUAACAAAAGCACGUGACGGUUAUGUCAUGAAUGUAAUAAUGUUUUGGAAAGUCUUUUUAACGUGUUUUUGUUGGUUGCUGAUUAAUACAGUAAAACCAGUUCAAACAACAUUAUGCGCACAAAAAAAUUUGGGAGGAGAUUCCAUUGUGUGUGUUUGUAACAGUGAUUAUUGUGAUACUGUAGAACCAAAUGGAAAUCCUGGAAAAAACUUUUAUAAUCUGUACCAGUCAUCUAAACUUGGACACAGACUUAAUUAUACAGCUAUUCCAUUUGAAAAAAAUGCAACAACAGAGAAUAUAUUUUAUAUCAACAUUAAUGUUACAUAUCAAAGUAUACUGGGGUUUGGUGGAGCAUUUACAGAUGCUGCUGGUAUUAAUAUACUGAGUUUACCUGAAGAUGUUCAAGAGAAAUUAAUUCAAUCUUAUUAUUCACCUGAUGGUAUUGAAUACACAAUAGGAAGAAUUCCAAUGGCUAGUUGUGAUUUUUCAACUCAUCCCUACUCUUAUGAUGAUUCACCAAUGGAUUUUAGUUUAUCUAAUUUUUCAUUAGCAAUGGAGGACUUGAAAUACAAGAUACCGAUAAUACAAAAAGCCUUAUCCAUAAGCAGUCGUGAAAUUUCCAUAUUUGGUAGUCCAUGGAGUGCUCCAGCCUGGAUGAAAACUAACAACAAUAUGACUGGAAGAGGCUCUCUAAUUGGACAACCUGGUGGAAAAUAUUUUAAAACUUGGGCCAAUUAUUUUAUAAAAUUUCUUGAUGCAUAUAAAAGUCAUAAUAUCAGCCUUUGGGGUCUGACUGCUCAAAAUGAACCAACUGAUGGUGAGAUUUAUAAGUUUCCAUUUCAAGCUAUGGGAUGGACAGCAGAAAUGCAAAGAGAUUUUAUUAUUCAAGACUUGGGGCCUGCUUUACAUAAUAAUGGAUACCAAGAUAUACAAUUAAUGAUUAUGGAUGACCAGAGAUUAGUUUUACCAGAAUGGACAUCAGUGAUUCUUUCAGAUAAAACUGCAAGUCAGUACAUAGCUGGUACUGCAAUACAUUGGUAUACUGAUAAGAUCAUCCCCUCUGGACUUCUUACAUAUGCACAUGACAAAUAUCCUGACAAAUUUAUUUUUGCCACAGAAGCAUGUAAUGGAGAUUUACCCUGGGAGAAACAUGUAGAUUUAGGAAGUUGGGAAAGAGCAGAGUCGUACAGCCAUUAUAUUUUACAGGAUUUAAAUCAUUGGGUUACUGGCUGGACAGACUGGAAUAUAGCCUUAGAUAUGCAGGGUGGACCAAACUGGGUAUCUAAUUUUGUUGAUAGCCCUAUAAUUGUGAAUGCUGAUAAAAGAGAAUUUUAUAAACAACCCAUGUUUUAUGCACUUGGGCAUUUUAGUAAAUUUGUGUUACCUGGCUCUAAAAGAGUUGAUAUUAAACAAAAUGGAAUAUCAAGUUUAGAACUGGCUGCCUUUAUUUUACCAGAUUCUUCAAAAGUUGUUGUAGUUUUAAAUAGAAGUGAUAAAGAAGAAACAUUUAGUAUAAAUGACCCAGCAGUGGGUUUUAUUAAUGCCCAAAUACCAGCUCAUGCUAUACAGACAUAUAUUUGGUGGAACAAUCAAAGUUAAAGUCAUAUUUUUUUGCAUGUAAAUUUGUGCAAAAUGUUUCAUAUAAAUCCUAGAUAAGAGUUAUUUCCCCAUUUGUAUAGGUGACCGAUCUUGUUUUUUUAGAAUUUCUUUAUUAAUAAGAAAAGUGUUUCAGAAAUAAAAUUAUAAUUACACUUUGUAUGUAUUGAAGAGAUUGUGAUUUUGAAUGAAAUAAUAAGAUUUUUAAUUUUAAAUACCUCGAAUGAAUUGUGUAUAUUUUGUAAAAGCAGUUAUUUCAAAAUAUUCUUUAGAAAUGUGAAACAAACUCUAUGAUACAUACUUAGCUGUGAUCAGUAAAUGAUUGAAAAAAAGCAGGGUAUCUUACACUCACUAAAAUACCUCAUACAACUUCUCAUUGGGGUUUUUGAAUUCUAAUAGUUAUUAAAUUUUGGUGCAUUUAUGUAUGUACUAUACAUAAUCCAGUAAAAUAGCUUAGAUGAUUUAUAAGGCUACGAAUACAUUAUUUAUAUGAAUAUUUCCAUGAUGUCUUUAUUUUUAUAAACAAUAAAUUUGUUAUUUAUA